CUCGGACACCGGUGUCCCUCCGUUAUUUUCCUCCGGCUCCGGCAGUUAUAGCUGACAGAUGUUAUGAAAUUGGACUAAGGCCGCUGUAGCUCCCGCUCUGACCCAAACCCGGGGCUUUUUUAGUUCCACAUAAACGACACUGAAAGCGGCCGCAAGAUGCACUACCAGCUGCUACGAGGCUCCUCGGCUGUGGCCUCUAGAAGGGUCCGGAACAUUCUGGGUUCGGUUCUGGGUCGGGACGGCUGGCUCUGCAGAUCCCAUGAGGUCAAACUAGUGAACACCUGUUCAGGUGACAGUGUGACCAUCGGAGAGAUCUCCUACAAACUCAAAACCCCUCGGAACCCGGAACUAGUUCCCCUCAAAUAUCUUUCAGACUCGCUGCCACAAGCAGUGGCUCAGCACCUCCGCUGGAUCAUGCAGAAGGACCUUUUGGGCCAAGAUGUGUUCCUCAUCGGACCCCCAGGACCCCUUAGAAGAUCCAUAGCCAUGCAGUACCUGGAGUUGACCAAACGCGAGGCGGAGUACGUGGCGCUGUCCAGGGACACCACAGAGACGGACCUGAAGCAGAGGAGAGAGAUCCGAUCAGGAACGGCCUUCUACAUCGACCAGUGUGCCGUCAGAGCAGCAACACAAGGCCGGGUUCUGGUUCUGGAGGGGCUGGAGAAAGCGGAGAGAAACGUCCUCCCCGUCCUCAACAACCUGCUGGAGAACAGAGAGAUGCAGCUGGAGGACGGCCGCUUCCUGAUGUCAGCGGAGCGCUACGACAAGCUGCUGCGGGAGCAUACCAAGGAGGAGCUGGACAGCUGGAAGAUCGUCCGGGUGAGCGAGGACUUCCGGGUCAUCGCUCUGGGUCUGCCGGUUCCUAAAUAUAAGGGCAACCCCCUGGAUCCUCCUCUCCGCUCCCGCUUCCAGGCCAGAGACGUGUAUUACCUGCCCUUCAAGGACCAGCUGGAGCUGCUGUACUCAGCGGGGCCAAACGUUGCUGCUGAAAGGGUUUCCCAGCUCCUGUCCCUCGCUACGACCCUGUGCUCCCAGGAAUCUUCCGGUCUGGGCCUUCCUGAUUUCCCAGUGGAUAACCUGCCUGCUGCGCUCCAUGUUCUGAACACGUUCCCCAUGCUGUCCUCUCAGCAGCUUGUCCAGAGACUUUAUCCCUACAAGAGCAUCCUGGGAAAAGAUGGACACACGGCUGUGGAGAGCGUGCUGAGUCGCUUUGAGCUGUCAGACGGCCGCCGUCAGGCAGCGCCCAGCAGCGUUCUGAGCGUUUCCACGUCCAGGGAAAGCGAAGGCCAGGCCGACGUCACCGUGCAGAGCGCCGGUGAAGAAGUCACCUUUCAGGUUCCAGCAGGCGACAAAGAGCUGCGCCCCCCCAACAGCAGCCCGACCUUCAUCAACACCCCGAGCCACUCGCAGCUGCUGGCCGAGAUGAUGCAGUCGCACAUGGUGAAGGACCUGUGUCUGAUCGGCGCUAAGGGCUGCGGGAAGUCCGUGAUCGCCAGAGAGUUCGCCGAGAUGUUGGGCUACAGCAUGGAGCAGGUCAUGCUCUACCAGGACAUGACAGCCAGGGACCUUCUGCAGCAGAGGUACACCCUCCCCAAUGGAGACACAGCCUGGAGGCCGUCUCCUCUGGUCACUGCUGCCUUGGAGGGCAAGCUGCUGCUCCUGGAUGGCAUCCACAGGGUUAACCUGGGAACCCUGGCCGUGCUCUCCAGGUUGCUCCAUGACAGGGAGCUGGACCUUUACGACGGGACCAGGCUGCUGAGGUGGGACAGAUACCAGGCGCUGAAGGAGCAGCUGCAGCUUAGCGACCAGCAGAUGCAAGAAAGGUCCAUCCUCCCCAUCCACCGGGCGUUCAGGGUGCUGGCCCUGGCAGAGCCCCCUGUGGUUGGUGGGGGCUCCGGCAGCAGCAGGGGCCAGCAGCAGUGGCUGGGCCCCGAGCUGCUCACCAUGUUCCUCUAUCACACCGUGUCUCCUCUGGCCAGAGCAGAGGAGGCGGGCCUCAUUCAGGGCCUGGCUCCCAGUGUUCCGAUGGGGGCAGCGGAGCAGCUGCUUCAGCUCACUCACAGCCUUCGUCAGACCAAUGACCCCACCGCGCAGUCUCUGGCCUCCUCCCUCUCCACCAGACAGCUCCUGAGGAUCUGCCGCCGUCUGUCGCGGUACCCCGAGGAGAGCAUCGCUCACGCCGUCAAUAAGGCUUGUCUCUCCAGGUUCCUGCCCAGCUUGGCUCGCGCCUCCCUGGAAAAGGCCCUCACUAGCAGCUCUGUGCAGGACCCUCCAGAUCCUGCUGAACAACCGCAGGACCACAGCUGUGUGGUUCAGGACGGUGUGUUAACCAUCGGCAAGGUGUCCGCUCCCGUCUACAACCCCGACCAGAAGAUGAAGGUUCCAGACGUGCUCUUCUAUGACAACCCUCAGCACAUGAUGGUGAUGGAGGACAUGCUGAAAGACUUCCUGCUGGGAGAACACCUCCUCUUGGUGGGCAACCAGGGUGUUGGUAAAAACAAGAUAGUGGACAGAUUCCUGCAUCUUCUCAACAGGCCCAGGGAAUACCUGCAGCUCCACAGGGACACGACGGUGCAGACCUUGACCUUGCAGCCCUCUGUGCGGGACGGCAUCAUUACGUACGAGGACUCGCCUCUGGUGAAGGCGGUGAGGCACGGUCACAUCCUCGUGAUCGACGAGGCCGACAAAGCUCCCACCAACGUCACCUGCAUCCUUAAAACACUGGUGGAGAGCGGCGAGAUGAUCCUGGCUGACGGGCGGCGGAUCGUCUCCGAUCCACUUGAAGCCAAGGGGAGGCCCAACAUCAUCGUGAUGCACCCAGACUUCAGGAUGCUGGUCCUGGCCAACCGACCGGGCUUUCCCUUCCUGGGGAAUGACUUUUUCGGAGCGCUAGGUGAUAUCUUCAGCUGCCACGCCGUGGACAACCCCAAGCCCCAGGCGGAGCUGGCCAUGCUCAGACAGUACGGCCCCGACGUCCCAGAAGCCACUCUGCAGAAACUGGUGGCCGCCUUCGGAGAGCUGCGGUCCAUGGCUGACCAGGGCACCAUCACCUACCCCUACUCCACCCGGGAGGUGGUCAACAUUGUUAGACACCUGCAGAGGUUUCCCAACGAGGGUCUUGCCAACGUGGUGAGGAACGUCUUCGACUUCGACUCGUACAAUAAGGACACGCGGGAGGUUUUGAUCGAGGCUCUGCACAAGCAUGGAAUCCCCAUCGGGGCCAAGCCAACCUCGGUCCAUCUGGCUAAGGAGUUACCGCUGCCGGAGGUCAGGAUGACGGGAUACUGGACCUUAAACCAAGGUGGCAACGCUCGCCGUAAACUGCUCUGUCCCACUGAGACACGCGCAGUAGACGUUAAGGGGCCAGCGUUCCUGCGGGUCCAGAGUUAUCCCUGCCAUCGGCAGGAAAGCAGAGCUCUGAGUUUCACCGAGGAGAAAGCUCACUGGCAGAUUCCCAUGAACGAAGUCAACAUCAUCUGCGACGCCAUCAGCUCAGACGACACGCUGUACGUGGCCAUGUGUAACCCCGUGUCCCUGUACUCCAUGACGGAGCGCGGGGAGAGCAUCCGCUGCAUGGAGCUCUACGACGUCUUCCCCAGGACCAUCAGCGGUGUCUGGCAGCCCUUCGUCACCGUGGCCCCCCUGGGGAGCCCGCUGGACGGACAGGUGGUGCUACACGAGGAGCAGAGUAACACGGUGCUCCACCUGGACAUGGGGACGGGGGCCGUCCGCAGGCUGGUCUUGUCUCCAGACACUGAUCAGACCUCCUCCAAGGCCUCCGGCUGGUGGAGCAGCAAAGAUCAGCAGGGAGGCCAUAAGAUGUGUCGCGACUUUUCCCGGAAAAACUGGCUGCUCUUCUAUAAGGAGGACGGGAACCAGCUGGAGGUGCUGGACGUGCUGGAGGGCCAGGUUCACUCCAUCUCCCUGCCAAUCAACUUGAAGUCGGUAUUCCUGGUUGCGGAGGACAGGUGGCUUCUUCUGGAGAGCAACACCAACAAGAAGUUCCUGCUGACCAAACCCAUGCACACGGCAGUGGAAGAUUCAGGCGUCUGUCAGCUUCACAGCAUCAGCGAGGACCCGGUCAGCGCUGGUCAUGGAGCCGCUUCUGCCGAGGCUGUGGUGCCUCAGAUGCUCUCCAACGAGCAGCUGCCCAACGAGAACCUCAGCGCCACUCUGGAGCAGAAGAUCGUCUCCCCAAACCGCCUGCUGGCCGACAGCAGCUGCUUUGCACAGAUCAUCGUGGGAUUCCCGGACCUGAUGUCCCCUAACGAGGUGUACACCUUUAAGAGGCCCGUCGACCUGUCGGCCGUGAAGAGCAGCGGCAGCGGCUCUCAUACGUUCUUCAGAGGCGCGCUGCGGAGCGGCACGGCCAAACGGGAGAACUGCAUCGCCCUGCUGUCGGCCAAUCAGGUGGUCCGAGCCAUUCCGCCCUCACAGGUUCCCCUGGGCGACGUCUACCCGAAAGAUGUGACUCCUCCACUGGCAGCGGCGUACCUGGAAGUGACCGAUCUGACCUCCAAAAAGCUCAAAUACAUCCCAGUUCCAAGGUCGAUGACCGUGUCGCCCUACACCAACUGGCUGUCCAAGGUCUCUGACUGUGACGUGCUGGUAGCGGCUCUGGGCUCCGGAGGCGUGGUCACAGUGGACAUGGGGGGCUACGUCCGGCAGUGGGAGACGGGACUGGACACCUUGCAGCGCUCGCUGAUGGAAUGGAGGAACAUGAUUGGCUCUGAAGACGGCAGACCCAUUCAGAUCACCAUCCAGAGGGACAGCGGCCUGGACGUUUCUGCACCAAAACACGGCAAGCUGGACCCCAGCAACGCUCCCCAUGUGGGGGGCAACCAGUGGUCCGGAGGCACAGGCGGCAGAGACACCGCAGGACUGGGAGGCAAAGGGGGGCCGUACCGCCUGGAUGCCGGACACAAGGUCUACCAGGUCUCCCAGGCUGAGAAGGACGCCGUUCCAGAGGAGGUCCGCCAGGCGGCGCGGGAGAUGGCUGAGAAGGCUUUCAAGGAAAGGCUGAAGGAGAUCGAUAUGAGCGAGUACGACGCUUCUACCUAUGAGCGCUUCUCUAACGCGGUGAGGAGGCAGGUUCAGUCGCUGCGGAUUAUCCUGGACAGCCUGCAGGCUAAAGGAAAGGAGCGGCAGUGGCUGAAGAACCAAGCUAUGGGAGAACUGGACGACGCUAAAAUCAUCGAUGGACUAACUGGGGAGAAAAGCAUCUAUAAACGGCGAGGAGACCUGGACCCAGAGCUGGGCAGUCCUCAGCAGAAGCCAAAGCGUCUGCGGCUGCUGGCCGACGUGUCGGGAAGCAUGUACCGUUUUAACGGCGUGGAUGGCAGGCUGGAGCGCUCCAUGGAGGCUGUGUGCAUGGUGAUGGAGGCGCUGGAGAGCUACGAGCACAACUUCAAGUACGACAUCGUGGGCCACUCAGGCGACGGCUGCGACAUCGAGCUGGUCCCGGCCGACAAAACGCCCAAGAACGACAAGCAGAGGCUGAAGGUCCUCAAGACCAUGCACGCCCACGCUCAGUUCUGCAUGAGCGGCGACUACACGCUGGAGGCCACAGAGGCCAGCAUCAGGGAGCUGGCCAGAGAAGAGGCGGACGAGCACUUCGUGGUGGUGCUCAGCGACGCCAACCUGGAGCGCUACGGGAUCAGGCCGGAGCGAUUCGCCCAGGCGCUGACCUCCGACCCGCAGGUCAACGCCUUCGCCAUCUUUAUCGGGUCCCUUGGAGACCAGGCUGAAAGACUCCAGAGGACGCUUCCAGCCGGCAGGUCCUUCGUCGCCAUGGACACCAAGCAGAUCCCCCAGAUUCUGCAGCAGAUCUUCACGUCCACCAUGCUGUCCAGCGCCUGACGGGACCCGUCUCAGAUUCGCCAACAGAGAGGAGUUUAUGCGACUGAGGCCGACGGGAUGACCCCGCGAUGACAUCACAGCUGCUGGAACGGUGUUUCUGUCCAGACGCACACGGAGGCGUCCCUCCUAU